CUUAAUCGGCAAUCGUUGUUUAUUGUUAAUUGCAUGGUUUAUAUAUUACAUACAUAUAUUUGUAAAAAACCAAAUUUUAUGAGACCAUGUAAUUCAGUAACUAAUUAAUAGUUAAAUAAUUCAAUUUGACGUUGACCAAGUAACAGUGAUUUUUUUGAAUAUCAAAAAAUUAAAAAAAUUACAACUAUUUAAAAAUGUCACUGGCCGAAGAGUUACUUGCUGAUUUGGAGGAGGAUGGAUAUGAUGAUAGUGAGCCUAUGAUCAUCAAAGAAGAACCAUUUGAUGAAUCGGAAGAAAAUGCUUUUAUUCCUAAACAAACUGAUUUUAAAAAUGUUAAAAUCCGUGAUCUUGCUAAACUACGAGAUUCAGAUCAUCUAGUUGGCAUAAUGCGACAAAUUGAUAUAUUUCAAAGCAAACAAAGAAAUGCAGAAGAUGUAUUAGGUCCUGUAGAAUCUGAUCCUGAAUAUCUUCUUAUUGUAGAAGCAAACAAUUUGAUUGUUGAAAUUGAUGAUGAAAUAUUAAUCAUACAUAAAUUUGUUCGAGACAAAUAUUCUAAACGAUUUCCUGAAUUAGAGUCCCUAGUUGUUGGUCCAUUAGAAUAUGUGCAAACUGUUAAAGAACUUGGCAAUACUCUUGAACAAUCAAAAAAUAAUGAAGUACUGCCAACCUUUCUUACACAAGCUACUAUUAUGGUUGUGUCUGUUACAGCAUCAACUACUCAAGGACAACUUUUAAAUGAAAAUGAACUAUUUGAAGUCCGUGAAGCUUGUGAUAUGGCUAUUGACCUUAAUAAAUUAAAAAUGAAAGUUUAUGAGUAUGUAGAAAGUAGAAUGACUUUCAUAGCACCUAAUCUUUCCUUUAUUGUUGGAGCUUCAACUGCUGCAAAAAUCAUGGGAGUUGCAGGAGGAUUAACUAAUUUAUCAAAAAUGCCAGCAUGUAAUGUUCUAUUAUUGGGUUCUCAAAAAAAACUUUUAUCUGGUUUUUCACAAGCUAAUGCAAUGCCUCACACUGGUUUUAUUUUUCAUUGUUCUUUAGUACAAAAUAAUCCUCCAGAUUUACGUAGAAAAGCAGCAAGACUUGUUGCCACUAAAAGUACAUUAGCUGCAAGAGUUGAUGCAGCCCAUGAAAGUGUUGAUGGUCAUAUAGGAAUGACAUUAAAAGAAGAUAUAGAAAAAAAAUUAGAUAAAUUAACGGAACCUCCUCCAGUUAAAUUUAUUAAACCUCUUCCUAAACCAAUUGAUCCAGGUCGAAAGAAGAGAGGUGGAAAGAGAGUACGUAAAAUGAAAGAACGUUAUGCUGUUACUGAGCUACGUAAACAAGCAAACAGAAUGAAUUUCGCCGAUAUUGAAGAUGACGCAUAUCAAGAAGACUUAGGAUAUACUCGUGGAACUAUCGGUAAGUCAGGAACUGGUAGAAUUCGUCAUGCUCAAGUUGAUGAAAAAACUAAAGUACGGAUUUCAAAAACUCUCCAAAAAAAUUUACAAAAGCAACAAGCUUGGGGUGGUGCAACUUCAGUUAAAAAACAAGUGUCUGGUACUGCAUCUAGUGUUGCCUUUACUCCCCUUCAAGGUUUAGAAAUAGUCAAUCCACAAGCAGCUGAAAGUAAAAAUUCCGGCAUUAAUUCAGCAAGAUAUUUUUCCAACACUGCAAGUUUUGUAAAUGUGAAUAAUAAACAAUAAAAU